AAGGUAAACCUAAACUUAACUUAUACAUUUUAAACUUUAAAGCUCAUCAUAACACAUAAGGUUAAUCAUAAUUUAAUCAUUAUUAGGUUCGUUUGAGAAAUUAACUCCUUAGAGGAAUUAUCUGCUAACGUCUUUUUUCUUAAAUAAUGGCUGAUAGGAACAAGAUCCUUCUUGAUGUUGAUCCAACUCUUUUAGAAAACAAUUUACUCCUGAAGGAUGCACCUGAUGACGAUGACUUGGACAGUUUUAUUUCCACUUUAAAGUCCAAAGGAGCCACUAAUACGCCAUGGAAAUUAGUCAAACCAAACCCUGGUUUUGUGGUAAAAACCCGGUCAGAGAGUGGUGAGAAGAUUUUCCUCAACAUUUGUCACACGGAAGACAUUCCUCCACCACGAGAGUUGAGUGAUGCAGAACUUAUAAAGAUUCUUGAGUCUGAGGAACCCUCGAGCUACCGGCUACCAAUGAGCAUCGGAGAUUUACACCAAGAAUCUGACAAAUCUGGAGCUCCAUGUUCGGUGUAUGACAUCGCCAUUAAUACAACAUUCUUCCACAAGGUGGAAACUAAUCAGCUGUUCCGUUCGUUUCUCCUCACUGUGGUGCUGGGGGGAGUUGGGGACAAGUACAAGAAAGAAAUAGAUACCAAUGAUUAUGUAAUAUUGAAAAACCGUAAAGUUAUGGGGUCCUUGCAACACCACCGAAUAGAACAGAGAGCAGUUGCUACCACUCCUAGGAAACUGUUGAUAGAGGAGGUGAAGACGGAGUUUACCAAAGACAAGCCUAGGUUCAGGAUCAUCAGGGAACCACCUGUAGGCAUCCCAGAAGUUCUCACUGUACAAGUUCACAUCAAAGAUGCUAGUUCAGGCAAGAAACUGCUGCUUGACGUGGGAGAAGACAGACUUGUGUUGCGUUCUGCCAAGUCUGGGUCAUUGCUGGAUAUAUUCCUGCCGUAUUCUGUAGAUCAGGACGGAACAUGUGCUCACUUUGACAUCACCAAUCAGGUUUUGUCAGUGGAGUUACCAGUCAUUAGUGUUGGAACUUGAUGGAGAUAGAGUUUAGAAAUAAGUUAGUCAAUGUAAACAUUUUGUACAGUCCUAAAACAAUGAAAUAAUAACAUUCA